AAGCUGGUCGAUCCCAAAAAUUUAGAAUUGCUUCAAGAUUAUGGUGGUCCUGACAAAAUUCUUGAUGGUUUGGAGACUAACCGUGAUCAUGGUUUAAGUUCCGAUGAAGAUAAAGAGAAAAGACAAAAGCAUUUUGGAAAAAACGUUUUGCCAAAAGUUGAUCAACAAUCAUUUUUAUUUCUGGUUUGGGACGCUUUUUGUGAUAAAACCUUAAAUUUAUCAAAUCAAUCUGAUGAACCAGAUCUUGGUUGGAUUGAAGGUACCGCAAUCCUUGCUGCAGUUGUUGUUGUAGUUCUAACGAACGCGAUAAAUAACUAUCAAAAGGAAAGGCAGUUUAGAAAACUUAAUGAAAAAAAGGAAGAUCGUAACAUAAAGCUUAUUCGAGAUGGUAAAGAGAGACAAAUUUCAGUUUUUGAUGUCUAUGUUGGCGACAUCAUGGUUCUUGAACCUGGUGAUAUAGUUGCUGUUGAUGGUAUAUAUUUAAGUGGCCACAAUCUCACUUGUGAUGAAUCUAGCGCUACCGGUGAAUCAAAAGCCAUAAAAAAAGGUGAUAAAGAUCCUUUCAUAUUAAGUGGAGCAAAAGUUACAGAAGGAGUUGGUAGAGUAGUUGUUAUUGCUGUUGGCGAACACUCUUACUUUGGAAAAACCAUGAUG